AUGUCCCAUCCAACCCCCGAAAAACCCCUGCCAGAACCCCCCCGCUCCCGCACCGUCCGCCUCCAGGCCCGUCUCGCCAGCGUCCUCUCACGCCUCACCAAGCCCGCCUCGAACGCAGACGGCGCCCCACAACCGCCCGCCAGCGACACGCCGCCGCACCCCCUGCAGACGACCCUCUACCCGCCGGACCCCAAGCAGACGAGCACCCGCGGCAGCAAGCUCGCCCGCUCCGACGCCGCGCGCCGCACGAGCAUCUAUGACGCCGCCGUGGCGUCGCUGCGGCGGCGACGCGGCAGGAAGACGAGCGAUGUCAGGCCGGGCUAUUUCGACGCCGGCGGUGACGGGCGGGCUGGGCCGCCGGCCGAGAGCGCGGAUGGGCUCGAGAUGAAUGUGGCCGGGUCGGCUAUUCCCAGCAUCCUCGAGGAGCCAGAGCCGGAGGGUGCGCAAGGGGAGCUGACACGCGGACAUGGGAGCCAUGGCGAGACGCGGGGGCAUGAGCAUGCGGCGGAGGAGAAGGCGAAGGUUGCCGAAAACUAA